CUGUGAAAAAAAACCAACCUGUCAUUGUAAAAAAGGAAGAGUGUGUGAUAUGGGCGAGGCAUCUUGUGUUGUGUUGGAGUCCUAUUUCAGCUGUCUGAUCGUCCAUAUAGUGUAGAUAGUGUGUAAAUUGUGCAACAAUGUUGUCUAUUAGUUGAAGUUGUGUGUAUUUUUGCUCACACAGCCUGGUUGUUCCUGCUAGCCUACCCUGACAAACAAGCUAGCCGGGGUCAUUUCAGGUGAACGUACUGCCGAGUCCAGCUCCCUCAAAGCCGGCUGAGGUCGACUCUGGCUGCCGUGGAGGAGGAAUGGACACACAGGGGCACCACCGCUGACAUCAGGACAUCAUCGACACAUAAGCGGGUUAUGAUGGUAGCAUCCCUCAUGUCCUGUGGGACAGCACCUUCACUCCAGCACAGACAGAGGAGCUUGUGAAGUUGGUCAAGGAGAGCAUGCUUUCCACACUUGAGGAUUUCAGCUGCGAUUCCAUCACUGCCAGCCAGGUUGGUGCCUGAGUCGCCCUGAAGAUGACGUCUUGUCCUUGAAUCCCUAUCAGUAUGUCAGACUCAGCUGAAAAUUACUCUCCCCGCUGGACAGAUGAGGCCCUUCAAAAUGGGUACAUACCGAGUUACCUGGACAAAGACGAGCUGUGUGUAGUCUGUGGGGACAAAGCCACAGGCUAUCAUUAUCGCUGUAUUACCUGUGAAGGCUGUAAGGGAUUCUUUAGGCGUACGAUACAGAAAAACCUCAACCCAACCUAUGCUUGUAAGUAUGAGGGAAAAUGUGCCAUAGACAAAGUGACCAGAAACCAGUGCCAGGAGUGUCGCUUCAAAAAGUGCUUAUCGGUCGGAAUGGCUACGGACUUGGUGUUGGAUGAGGGCAAGAGGCUUGCCAAGCGCAAGCUGAUUGAGGAAAACCGUGAGCGGCGUCGCAAGGAAGAACUACAGAAAACGGCGUGGGAUCGACUGGAUCCUACUCAGGAAGAGUGGGACUUGAUCCACAUGGUUACCGAGGCCCACAUGGCCACAAAUGCACAAGGAAACCAAUGGAAGCAGAAGCGGAAAUUCUUGGUCGAGGAAACAAUGCUUCUUAAUGAAAUAACAUGUAAUUUAUUCUAUACUUCUGACCAGAGUGCAGCAGGGGUGAAGGAAACUAAGCCUACCAAUAUUGGUCAUUCAUCAACGGUGAAUAACUCUGAAGGAAAUAAAGUGGACUUAGAGGCUUUCAGCCAGUUUACUAAGAUUAUCACCCCUGCCAUAACCCGAGUGGUGGACUUUGCCAAAAAACUACCCAUGUUUUGUGAGCUGCCGUGUGAAGACCAGAUCAUCCUUCUGAAAGGCUGCUGCAUGGAGAUUAUGUCACUGCGAGCUGCUGUUCGCUACGAUCCAGAGAGUGAGACCCUCACGUUGAACGGAGAGAUGGCUGUCACGCGAGGUCAGCUUAAGAACGGAGGUCUGGGCGUCGUUUCGGACGCGAUCUUCGACCUUGGCGUGUCCCUCUCCUCUUUCGACUUGGACGAUUCUGAGGUGGCUCUUCUACAGGCCGUCAUUCUGCUUUCGUCUGACCGACCGGGCUUGAGUAACGUGCAGCAAAUUGAGCGCUGCCAGGAGGAGUUCCUGCUGGCGUUCGAACACUACAUCAACCACCGCAAACACAAAGUAGCUUAUUUCUGGCCCAAGCUGCUCAUGAAGGUGACGGACCUUCGAAUGAUCGGCGCCUGCCAUGCCAGCCGAUUCCUUCACAUGAAGGUCGAGUGUCCCAACGAGUUGUUCCCGCCUCUCUUCCUGGAGGUUUUUGAGGACUGACCAAUCGAUUCAAUGACAUUUGUGUGCGUGUUUGCGUGUUUGUGUGUGUGUGUGUGUGUGUGUGUGCGUGUGCGUGUGUGUGUGUGUGUGUGUGUGUGUGUGUGUGUGUGUGUGUGUGUGUGUGUGUGUGUGUGUGUGUGUGUGUGUGUGUGUGUGUGUGUGUGUGUGUGUGUGUGUGUGUGUGUGUGUGUGUGUCACCAUGUUUCAAAUACAGGUCUAUCACCUUUGAAUAAGCACAAGUGAAUGUCACCUCAUUCCAUAGCUUUGUCGUUGUCAUGUUGUUGUCAUGGGGUCUUAACACUGAAAUCUUACCAGUUCUUCUGAAUGAUUUACUCUUCGUACAUGUGGCGAAAAUGCGUAAUACUUUUCUUUUUAGUAAGCAUUUGGUAAGUGCUCGUACGGUAACUGCUUAGUCAAUAAAGACACAUCCACGUAGUGUCAGCAAAAAGCUAAACGUCACUGAAUAGACAAAAACAGGAUUAAAAGCACAGACAAGAAGUGACGUGAGCCGCAUUUCAACACUUUGCACUCCCAACAGUACAAAUAUCAUCACUCUACCACUAAAGACAUUUUAUCUACUUGUACCCAGUAGUAAAUAUAUUGUUGCAUGCACAUCAAAGUUUUUGCUUCCACACAAGUACACUCAAAUAUACACUACCGUUCAAAAGUUUGGGGUCACCCAAACAAUUUUGUGGAAUAGCCUUCAUUUCUAAGAACAAGAAUAGACUGUCGAGUUUCAGAUGAAAGUUCUCUUUUUCUGGCCAUUUUGAGCGUUUAAUUGACCCCACAAAUGUGAUGCUCCAGAAACUCAAUCUGCUCAAUGGAAGGUCAGUUUUGUAGCUUCUGUAACGAGCUAAACUGUUUUCAGAUGUGUGAACAUGAUUGCACAAGGGUUUUCUAAUCAUCAAUUAGCCUUCUUAGCCAAUGAGCAAACACAUUUUACCAUUAGAACACUGGAGUGAUAGUUGCUGGAAAUGGGCCUCUAUACACCUAUGUAGAUAUUGCACCAACAUUUGCAGCUAGAAUAGUCAUUUACCACAUUAGCAAUGUAAAGAGUGUAUUUCUUUAAAGUUAAGACUAGUUUAAAGUUAUCUUCAUUGAAAAGUACAGCGCUUUUCCUUCAAAAAUAAGAACAUUUCAAUGUGACCCCAAACUUUUGAACGGUAGUGUAUAUAUUUUCAUAGCAAGCUUGGCGUUUAAAUGGUUCAGUCAGCGACAAAACAUUGAAUAAUCAAUUAAUCAAAUCAAUACUUUGUCCUCAUGUACAAUUAAUUUUAAAAACAGACUUUUUAGCUGACUUGUGUACAGCAUCGAAAUGGAGUAGUACUGUACUUCAGUUUUUGUUAGUACCCUCGUCUCUCGUUUAUCACGGUUAUUCGGUAUGCUACCGUGAAUGAUCGUGAUAAACACAUUUUCGCGAAGUAAAAUCAAUAUCAAUGGUUGUCUGUCUAUCUGUGUUGGCCCUGCGAUGAUGUGGCAACUUGUCCAGGGUGUACCCUGCCUUUCGAACGAAUGCAACUGGGAUAGGCUCCAGCCACCCCUGUGACCCCCGAGAAAGACAAGCGGUAGAAAAUGGAUGGAUGGAUGGAUGGAUAUUUUCAUAAAAAACCUCUUAUGACCUUCUAAAUAUGUUUUUUUUACGACUAUUAGAGCCCUCUAAACACCCAUACAGUAUAGUCACAAGUACACUCCUUUCACCCAAUGCAGUGGCUUUGAGUUCUAUGUCCGGAGGAUCCUCCAAGCAUCAUUUCUAUGGCUGUCACCCGGCCACUACAACAGGGCCAAAACAUAGAAAUACUUCAUCACAUCCUGGGUAAUCCCUCAAAGUUGUUACUGGGCUUCCAUGUGCAUAAAUUGUUCCGCAAGAUUGGUCAACUUCACACACUCGUAGCUACGAUCAUUACUGUAGCUGGGAUGUUAGCAUUUGGUGUUGUUAGCAUUCCACAUCGCUCACGUCAAAGCUGUGUUCUUGAUGUGGAAGGUGAAGUGCAUCAGAAGAGUUUAUCUCCACUUUGGCCGGACAGCUGCUGACAGUUGAUUGAUUAUAGUAGGGCUGGACAAUUGAUUGAAUUUGUCGCCUUCCGCCCGAAUACAGCUGAGAUAGGCUCCAGCACCCCCCGCGACCCUAAAAGGGACAAGCGGUAGAAAAUGGAUGGAUGGAUGGAUUUUGAUUAUGGCUUCCCACAAUUCUAAAAUAUUAUAUUCGGGAAAAAGAAAACGAUUAAUAGGCCGCGCAACGUGCAUGCAGAUUUUUGAGCUUCUGAAGUUGGUUUCAUCUGAUGAGUGAAAAAAUAGCAUGUCUACUAGAAGUUUGGGAUGUUACCAUGGUUACUACUUUUUAUUUGACACAGUGCCAGCAUGCCUAAUCAAUAAUCACUAAAUUCAACAAAAAAAUUAAGUAAAAUGUAUUAUUUCCACAUUCACGUGAUCACAGAAUCAAAGGAUUGGCCUAUAAAACGGAAUCUGCCGUUAAACACAGAAUAUUAAGUUAAAGUACCAAUGAUUGUCACACACACACUAGGUGUGGUGAAAUUUGUCCUCUGUAUUUGACCCAUCCCCUUGUUCACCCCCUGGGAGGUGAGGGGAGCAGUGGGCAGCAGCGCCCGGGAAUCAUUUUUGGUGAUUUAACUUGAGUGCCAAGCAGGGAGGUAAUGGGUCCCAUUGUUAUAGUCUUUGGUAUGACUCGGCCGGGGUUUGAACUAACAACCUACCGAUCUCAGGGCGGACACUCUAACCACUAGGCCACUGGUCAUAUCAAGGAAAUGCUGUCAUUGUGAGGAGAAGGAAGAUUUGUUCCAAAAAAUAAAACGUGUCCGAUACCGCUCAUUCAUCCCCGAAAAACUCAACCGCCCCAUGCUGAACUUAACAAUUUUGAUUGAUUCAUUGAAACUUUUAUUAGUAUAUUGUACAGUACAGUACAUAUUCCGUACAGUUGACCACUAAAUGGUAACACCCGAAUAAGUUUCUCAACUUGUUUAAGUCGGAGUCCACGUUAAUCAAUUCAUGGUAAUGUAGAGAUGACCAGUGGAAACAGUGACAUAAACUACUAUACUAAAGCUAGCAAGAAGAAUGCAUACACCUACAACACAUCCCAUCUGCUUGUGUUGUUGUGAACGACAUCAUUUAUGUAAGAUCAACGCACAAACAGGACGGCAGUCGCAACUUGAGAGGCGCUGUUUUUUUUUAAACAGCCUCAAGUUGUCUCCAAACUUGUCAAGCUGAGAAACAGCAGCACACUUCCCGCCUUCACAAUAAAGCGCUGUGCACGACAUCCGGUCUGGCGGCACUAACAUAAUAAAAGUUUCAAACAGUACCUUAUGUACUUAAAACACUUAUUGAUACAUUUACACAAUUAUUAUGUUUUAACUUAAAAUACUGGUCAAAAUGUCCAAAGAUGUAUUGCACCAAUAAAUGUGAGGAUUUUUGCAUUUGAUUAACCAACAUUUAUUAAAUGUUAUUAAUGACAAAAAAAAGCACACAUAAAAUAAGUCUAAAAAGUACAAAGCAUUCCAAAAAAAUUUAAUAAAAGGAAAAAAAUGCUAUUAUCUAAAUGUAUUAUUGUUACCAUUAUUAUAAUUAUAUUUGUUGUAGUUUAUUUGUUACUAAUUUAUAUAUUUUUUUCUUUUAAAUUAAAGUCUUUGUUUUGUUGUACAAUAAAUAGUUAUUUUUCUUUAAAAAAAAAUGAAUAAUUGUGUUAUUAAUCGUGAUUUCAAUAUCAAUCAAAACCAUCUUAAUUAUCGGUAUAAUAACCAUAAUCAUCCAGCCCUAGUUGAUGGCAGUCUUCUUGUCUUUUGACGUCACUCGUGUCCAAGUCUGGCCAAUGUGGAGAUGUGUUUAUGACGAGGCAGGACUUGAAGAUCAAGUCCAACCAAAGUUGGUCAACUUAAUUGCAGCCCCAAGAUUUAGCCGCUUGUGUUUACCUGAAAAGGGAGGUCCUUCUUGGUGAAAAUCUGUAUUGAUCACCACAAUGUAAUGAUGGAAAAUAAGACAAACACUGUAAUACAAAUAAAAAUAAAUAAGUCUUAAGUUAACACAAAAUGUAGGCCUAAUACAUGUAAAAUAUUUGUUUAAAAAAAGUAAAGUCGCAGUAUUUGAAGCAUGAUGAGUGAGAGACGACUAUAAUCCAAAAGGUCCUACAAAAACCGAAGCAAAAAAUAAUGUACACCCAUUCAAUUUGUUACAAACAUCAAAAAUAUGAACACAAAAUAGAAAUUAUAGAGAAUAAUUUAGGACUAAGAACUUUCAUAGUUCAAUCUGAUUUAUUAGAUCAGAACGCUUUUUGUAUGCUAGCAUUUAUAUUACAUGUAUGCUAGCAUUUAUGUUGCAUGUAUGCUGUCAUUUAUGGUACAUACAGGACUGUCUCAGAAAUUUAGAAUAUUGUGAUAAAGUCCUUUAUUUUCU